AUGGCUGGUCAAUUGCCCCGUCGGAUCACAAAAGAAACACAACGACUGCUACAGGACCCCGUGCCUGGAAUCUCAGCCACUCCAGAUGACAAUAACGCACGCUACUUUCAUGUUAUAAUUGCGGGUCCAGAAGGGUCGCCAUUCGAAGGUGGAGUCUUUAAACUGGAGCUGUUUCUACCAGAAGAAUACCCGAUGGCCGCACCCAAAGUCAGGUUUAUGACCAAAAUCUAUCAUCCUAACAUUGACAAACUUGGCAGAAUUUGUUUAGACAUUCUUAAAGGUACGUUUUGUUUUUAUAUUGUAGUUUAGUAGAAUGGUCAAAUUUUGAUAUACUUUUUGACAUCUAGUAUAUUGUCUAUGCAUAGUUUAGAAUAAGAAGCUAAGCCUGUUAUAUUUAGUUUUAUAAUUGGUUUUUAAAUAGUUUUAUAGUGUUUUAUUUAAACUUGUUUAGAUAAAUGGUCUCCCGCUUUACAAAUACGAACCGUGCUGCUGUCGAUCCAAGCUCUGUUAUCAGCCCCCAACCCAGAAGACCCUUUGGCUACGGACGUGGCCGAACAAUGGAAAACGAACGAAUCUGACGCGAUCCGCACCGCCCAGGACUGGACCCGUCUUUAUGCUAACGGCAAUUGA